CUAAAGGACUAAUUGUAAUCGAUCAAAUCGACAAUGUCGUUCUACACAAGCAAAUGUCGCUUACGGUUGCAGAAGGGGAAAAUAGGACGCUAGUCUGCAAGACCAAUGGAUCAGUGAAACCACCAGUUAGUUUGGAAUGGGAUGUAUCAGAUCGAAUAAAUGUAUAUGAUGAUUUACAAGAGAAUGAGAAUGUUACCCAUGAUGGACGACUAAGUGUGACUUCGCGAACUAUCGUCUUUACACCAUUAUACAGCGGUAUUGAGGAGGUAGUGGUCAUGUGUAGGGUGGCGAAUGCAUCGUUUCAUCACAUAACAACAUCAAUCAUCCUAAGAAAUGAAGGAACAACUCCCCCAAAAUAUGUAGGAACAACUCCCCCAAUCAAACAUCUUGUGACAACUCCUGAAGAAAGUAAUCCAAGUCUGACAAGUGAUGGAGAAAUGCAAGACAACUGUGCUCUGCUUCAUAUAGUUAUAUACAUCUUGGGAGGGUCAUUAGGUGCAAUGAUUCUGGGCCUAGUUGCAGUAACAGUUUCGUACAAGUGCUUACAACAUAACACAGAUAGAGCAUGGGUCGCUGACAUGGCACAUGGAGUGUCAGUGACCGCAAUGCACCAGAAAUACUCGAACCACGAGCCUCUUUAUGUGAAUUCCACCAUGACCAAACCUGGUGUUGGUGGAGAUCCCGUUUUAUCCCGAAGUGAUGUAGUUCCAAAGCAACUCAUCCAGGAUGCUCACGAAUACAUGGAGAUGAAGCCAAUGUCUCACACAGGUGUUCCACCCAAUCAUCAAGCCAGUCCACCUGGUAACCCUUCUUCUUUACAUCCGACACAAUUAGCAUGGGCUUCAUCGCUGAAAGGGGGUUCAACUUCAGAUGCCAUACUUCAACAAAAGUUGGAUUCCUGUGACGGGGGAUACAUAUCCUGUUCAGGCCCUAGAACAUUUCUUCCCCAGCAAGGAAUUGCGUUAGAAAGUCCUGAUUCGGUGAUCACCACAUAUUUAUGAUUUACUUCCAUAUGAUUGGUCAGGGUAAUUGUAAUAGUUACCAUUAUUUUAUAAAAAUAUCUUUUAGGGAAGCUGUGAUCAUAUUACAAAAAAGUGAAAUAGUAUUGUUAGGGAACAUACAUUAAAAUACAUUAAAAUAUGUCUGAUGACGUAAGACAAAUUAAACAUAACUUGGCAAUCUAUUUUGUAAUCAAGAUUUUAUUACAUAAUCAACUUUGACUUGACAAAAUAAAUAUUAUAUAUUUUUGAAAUCUUUUUUUUUUUUAGAUAUCAAGAUUGACUCCUGGUCAUGAUAGCCAUUUGUCUUCCUAAAACUCUCUCUCGAUGAGUG